GCAUUGAUGGAAAUUGAUAGAGUAUAAAUUGGUUUUGAUGGAAGAAAAAAUUGGGAGUUUCGUUUCAUUUGAUAGAUGUAUCGUAUCUCUCCCCUUUCCUCAAUGCUCUUCCUAAAAUUGAAUAAUUCUUAAGUGAAGAGUUAGCACACCCAGAACGCUACUGUUGAUUUGGUAACACACCAUAACACACAAUCUCUCUCUCUCUCUAUUCAUUUCUUUAUUCUUCUGUUUCCUUAUCAACCACGAAAACCAAUACCAAAACAAUUAAGCAAACCCCUUUUCUUUUUAAUUCAUUUCUCUUACUCAUCAUCACAAUUUUAUUAUUUUCAUUUCGUUCCAAGAUUCCUCCCCUCUUUCAAAUUCAGGCUUGAACUAUAUAGUAAAGAGGCAUACUAAUGUCUUCAAGAUCGUUGAGGAGAAGACUCCAUCACGGGGAUGUCGAUGGCAAAAGGAAGGAGCAUUUUGAUUCUUCCGGAUUAGAUUCUUUGAGUGAGCCCUUGCUGGCAGAUGAUGAUUAUACUGAGAAUAAGAAGAUAUGUACUCUUGAAGAUCUAUGGGAUGACGAGAGGAAGAGGGCGCAGUUUCAUUGGACUUUCAUAUUCUCAAACAUCAUUGCGCAAUGGGCUCAGUGGUUAGCAAAUGUUGUACUAGGAUCUGGAUCUAUUAUUGGACGUCUUUUGUCUUUUCCUUAUUCUGCCUUAAAUUUGCCAAACAAUAGGAUUCUUCCUCCAUCACUAAGUCCUCUGCAGGAAGAAAGAGUGAGACACCUACGCCAACGGCUUGAAGUUCCUUUUGAUGGUUCUAAGGCUGAGCACCAAGAUGCACUUAAACAACUGUGGAAAUUAGCUUACCCUAACAGGGAGCUUCCUUCACUUAAAUCAGAACUUUGGAAGGAAAUGGGAUGGCAAGGUUCAGACCCUUCAACGGAUUUUAGGGGCGGAGGAUUUAUUUCAUUAGAGAAUCUCAUCUUCUUCGCAAAGACGUAUCCAGAUUCAUUCCAGCGAUUAUUGAAUAAACAAGAUGGAAUCAGAGCAGACUGGGAAUAUCCGUUUGCAGUAGCUGGAAUCAACAUUUCUUUCAUGUUGGCUAAAAUGCUGGAUCUUCAAGCAGGGAAUCCAUCUUCUUUGUCCGGAAUCUGUUUUCUCAAAUUGCUUGAAGAGGAUGAAAUGGCAUUUGAUAACCUUUUUUGUGUUGCUUUUCAAAUGAUGGAUGCUCAGUGGCUAGCGAAGCGGGCGACAUAUAUGGAAUUUAAUGAUGUUUUGAAGUUCACCAGAGCGCAAUUAGAGCGCGAGCUUGCUUUAGAAGACAUCUCCAGCGUUAAAGAUUUACCUGCUUACAGCAUGUUGAGAUGAUUGAUAAUUGUGAUUUAGUUCCAACAUUUCUCUGUUUUUCUUUUAAGAUGAAAUGUGUCUAAAGCAUUUGCCACUUUAUCUGUAUACAGAAACGUGAAAAUGAAGUAUUGCAAAUAUCAGAUAAAUCUUUUUUUAUCGA